AUGGCCAACGAAACUUCCAGAGACACUGGGUCGGUUGUCCCCGAGAAUGCCAUGGAUGCGUCAAAUCAAAUGUCCAGCGCAUCUUCAUCGACCGUAUCCGCUCAGGAUCCCGACGAGAACUUCACUUUGAGCAAGCGAGGUACUUUGAUCUUCGUCAUUUUGGCUGUCUUGACCUUGAUGGCUGCUCUUGAUGGUACAUCUAUCUCUGUUGCUUUGCCGAUUAUAUCUAAAGAGCUCAAUGGAACCGCGAUCGAAGCAUUUUGGAGUGGAACCUCAUUCCUCCUAUCGUCAACAGUCUUUCAACCAAGCUUUGCAUCAUUCUCCAACAUUUUUGGGCGUCGACCCGUUAUUCUGGUUGCAAUAGCCCUCUUUUUGGCGGGAGCUAUCAUUUCAGGGGUAUCCAAUGACUUCACACACCUUCUUGUGGGGCGUUCCAUCCAAGGUGUCGGUGGUGGAGGUAUUAUUGCACUGACAGAAGUGGUUGUCACUGAUAUCGUUCCUCUGAGGCACCGCGGCCAGUACUUUGGUGUUUUCAGCGGCAUGUGGGCUAUCGGCUCAGUUUCUGGCCCGAUUUUGGGCGGCGCAUUCUCUCAAAAUGUCACUUGGCGUUGGAUCUUCUAUAUCAAUUUCCCCUUCAUCGGUGUCGGGGUUGUCAUGGUAUUGGUCUUCAUGAGGCUUAAUAUGAUCCCUUCUUCGCUAAAGGAAAAGCUCCGCAAGGUCGAUUAUAUUGGCACUAUCAUUUUCGUUGCUAGUAUGACUUCGUUCUUAAUUCCGCUCACAUGGGGUGGUGUAUCCUAUCCAUGGAGCUCGUGGCAUACCCUUGUUCCCCUUAUCAUUGGUUUUGUCGGACUUUGCUUCUUUGGUUACUAUGAGCAUCGCUACGCCGUUGAUCCUGUCAUCCCUCCCUCUAUCUUCAAGAACAGAACCGCUACUGUGUCCUUUAUUGGAAGCACCCUGCAGGGUCUCGUUCUCUGGUGUACCUUGUACUACCUGCCUCUUUACUACGAGGCUGUCAAGGGUUACAGUCCAAUCCUAUCCGGAGUUGCUCUUUUCCCUGAGACAUUUACUGUCGCGCCUAGUGCUAUGGCCGUCGGAAUCAUAUCUUCAAAAACCGGAAGUUACCGAUGGGCAAUCUGGCUAGGCUGGGCCUUCUCAACGAUUGGUUGUGGAAUUAUGUGCUUGAUCAAGGUAAACACUAGCGUGCCUGGAUGGGUCUUCCUCAACUUAGUGGCAGGCCUCGGGUUAGGAUUCUUGUUCCCAUCCCUGGGCUUCGCAAUCCAGGCAUCUUCUACAAACGAAAACUUAGCCACUGCAGUGGCAAUGUUCAGCUUCUUCCGCGCUCUUGGUCAGGCCCUCGGCGUUGCUGUCGGUGGUGCAAUCUUUCAAAAUCGCAUGUAUCAGAACCUGCUGAAAUACCCGGAGUUCACUUCUCUGGCUAGUGAAUACAGCUCUGAUUCGGCAGCCCUUGUGCAAAUCAUCAAAGCAAUGCCUGAUAAUGUCCACAAAUUACACCUGCGGGAGGCAUAUACCGAUAGUUUGACAACUGUCUGGGCAGUUUGCUGUGGCGUUUCCGCUGUUGGACUCCUGCUCAGCUUCUUCACUAAAGCCUAUGACCUGAAUCAAGCUUUGGUUGCCACUCAAGGCCUGCAAAGGGAGAAAGAUGCUCCAAUGGAAGAAGAGCUCAGUCAGUGA